ACCGACGAAGGACCUACCUGCACCCAGACCCAGACGAAUGAACUUUGAAACUGCACUUAAUUCUGUUUAAACUUAUUAUUAACUCUCUUUAAAACGGUACUUACGAGUGAUUACAAGUGACAUGCUAGUUUGCUAAACUUUUGUGGCAAAAGAGUGAAACGAGGCAGUUAAAGUUUGGACAGAACUUCGCUACAUUUAAGAAAGACUUUUUGUGAUUUGCCGUCCAUCGAGAAACUUCCCAAAGACUGUUCUUGUCCAUCAAUCGGGACAAAGCAGCAUCUGUUUAUCAAUUAUUGUCCAGCACCUGAUAACAGCCGGAUUAGCGUGACAAAGCAAGACAGAGCGAGAGGGGGGUCUGCUGCUGCCGGUGCUUUCUCGGUGUCGUGUCUUCGCCGUCAGCCAACAAGAUUAAUCUCUCGGUCCAAAUCAACAUGAGCGGGGACGGGGACGAAGCGCCACCGCAGCAGGCGAUUCCGCCGGCCGUCCCACCACGGGAACACCUGAUCACCACCGCCAUCAAGUUCCUCAACAACCCGAACGUACUGCGCAGUGCCGUGGGACAGAAGCAGGCAUUUCUUCGCUCGAAGGGACUCACCGAGGAUGAGAUUCAGCUGGCCUGUGAGCGGGCCGGGGUGUUUAGCCGGGAGCCGGUUCAGCAGAACCACCAGACCGUCAUCAGCAUGGACGUGGGCACUGGCGGAGGAGGAGGAGGUGUGGCGAAGGCGAGUUACAGCGUUCAACCGCAGAGCUGGUUCGGGCGGGUUCGGGAGGUCCUCAACUCGGUGGCCGUCAUCAGUGGGCUGAUGUAUGGCGUCUACAUGUUCUACAAGAAAUUCAUCGAGCCCCUGCUCUUCCGAAGCAAGAAGAAGAAGCCCGUCGACGAGCAGCUCGCCGACCUCAGCCGGACGGUCGAGGGCAAGAUCGACAAGCUCAGCGGCGAGCUGGUCAAGAUCAAGGACGAGUUGACCCGGGUAAACCAGGCGCAAUCCGCCGCCAAGGAGCUCGCCGCCUUCAAGACCGACCUGGACUCGAUCAAGGGACUGCUGCUGAACCGGAAGCAGUUCGCAUCGCCCAACCUGCCCAUCGUGCCGCCCUCGAUCCCCGCCUGGCAGCUGCAGUCCCAGUCCCAGCAGGAGGAACGGACGCCCAACAGCGAGGGCGAGCCAGACAAAAUCGACGACAACGACACCGGGUCCGGGUCCGGGUCGAGCGAGAACGACGUCGUGUUGAAAAACAGCGACAGCAGUUUGGAGAUUAUAUCAUAAACGAACGAGCGUUGAAUUAAUUUUGAGCAGGUGUGAGUCACGGUUGGUGAAGGUACCCGGUUCGGCAGCAGUUUUUAGUUAGACCAAUAGUGUGAUUUUAAAUAUAAAUGUAAUUUGGUAUGCGGCAGCAUACCGUGUUCAGGUAUACAGAGUUAAGAUACUUUACCCCCACUCUACCACCAUUUUUAAGUACUUCCGUAUAAUUCCACGGUUUUGUGCAUUUACUUGAAAGAAAUUGCAAAGCUGAAAUUUUCGCAUUUCGAAAAGUGUGAAAAUUGAAUAUAGACUCAUGACAGAUUAGACGAGGCGAGCGGGCCAUAAAACGGAACGAAACGCGUAGAUUGCAAAGCGAUAAGAAAUAAAGCAUGGUUUAAGAUUAAAA